AUGUCGCUGUUCUUCAACCUUCCUAACCCGCCAGCCUCACCCCCCCUCCUAUCCACCGGCUUCGCUGUGGGCGCCUCGACGCUCUUCACCUUCACCUACGUUGCAUCCCUCUACCUGGCUCCCGCCGGUCGUUUGAUAGCGGGGAAGCAAGAUGCACAGGGCAACGCGAUGGACCGGGACCAUCCCGUGGUGAUUCGCUCGAGGAUAAAGACGGCUACUGUGUCCACUGCGCUCAUUGUGGCAGCGACGGGGUUGGGGUUGUGGGUGAAAGGGGUUAUUCCAAGAGCUGGCUGGCUAUUGGAUACUCUCAAUGCCCUCCGUCUCCUAGGUCUGCCCCUGCCAGUCCCCACGCUGCUCACCUCCAACGCCCUGCCCAUUCAGCCCUCGCUCCCGAUCUACCUCCGCCUCAUCGCCACGCACAUCGUCUCGCCACUCCUCCUCACCGCCCUCCUUUUCCUCGGCCCGCUGUACACCGCCUUCCUCGACUCGACCUUACCGUUCCAACGCCAUUUUUCCUACAAACGCGACGUCGUCGACAAAUUCACUUCGCUCGCCGGUCUCCGCAACUUUGUCGUCGGUCCAUUGACCGAAGAGCUCGUCUUCCGAUCGUCCAUCCUCUCGCUGCUCUUCUUUGCCGGCGUGUCGCGCGCCAAGCUCGUCUGGGCCACACCCGGGUUCUUUGCGAUUGCUCAUGCGCACCAUGCCUACAGCGUGUACUUGGCGGGGGGUAGGACGAGGAGCGCAGCAGUCAGGGCCGCGGUGAGUGCAGGCGUCCAGCUGGGGUACACGACCGUCUUCGGGUGGUAUGCCAACUUUUUGUUCUUGAGGAGUGCAAGCGUCUGCGCGCCCGCAGUGGCACAUGUGGUGUGUAAUGUCAUGGGCCUGCCGAAUCCCGUAGAUGGCGGAGAGAGGCAUGCGGGCAGAAAGACAGCGAUAUGGACCGCGCACGCAGCAGGUAUCGUGCUGUUCGCACGCUCCCUCUUCCCGCUCACCUCGUUGAGCAUAUGGGGCCCGUCGCUGUAUUGGCAAUAG